UUCACUACAUAAUUUCACUUUUUAAAAUUAUUUAGAGUUCUCAGAGGAUUCAACAGUUCACAAUCACACUCACGUUUUGGGAUCUAGUGUUAGAUCAACGAGAACAAAUCUAAUGUAAUGCUGGUGAUAUUGGCUGACGAGAAUCCAGAUGCUGCCUUUACAGUAGAAGGCGAUAGACUGUCCCUCAGACAUUCACACAGUUGUUACCAGUUCCAUUUCGCUUAGUGACAUGUGGCCGGCUCGCCCAUUUAACACCUCACCAAAGUUCGUUGUGAACACUGUCUCAACUCUCUCCCUUUCUCUUUCUCAUCUAGUUUAUCUUACUGUGGCUAUCCAUCUCUUUCUCUCUCAGUUCUAGUUUAUCUUACUGUGGCGGUAACACUCUCCCUGUCGGGCUUCACACAAAAUUACGGCCUACCAUUAGAUUCACUCUCUGACCCCUUCCAACAGGAAGAGUCUCGUCGCUGGGCGUAUUAACACUGUGUCCUUUGUCUUCACUUUAACACUUCGCACCACGCAAUCUGCGCUCGGUAGUGCCUCCGGUACUCUCUCUAGCAUCCACUGACUCCUGGGGAUGGACUGUCCAGAGAUGAUCACAAUAUUCCAAGCGUGGAGAUUACAGACUGACUUGCCAAAGAUGAUGAUGGCUUUUCCAGACUUUGCCUUCCCAGAAGAGGGUGAAUCCUUUGUGCAUCAUACAGCUGUUCUCAAGUAUCUAGAGGACUAUGCCCACCAAUAUGAUCUUCUUUCUUGGAUCAAGUUUGGUCAUCGGGUCGAGAAAGUGUGUCCAGUGUUGAAAGAGGAAGGACCCAGUUGGGAUGUGACGGUGAAGAGAGUGGACCUCCCACCACAACUUGCUAUGUUUGUGUGUAAUGGGCACUUCACAGUUCCCUUCCAGCCACACAUAGAAGGCAUAGAAGAAUACAGAGGACAGCAGGUACACAGUCAUGAUUAUCGUCAACCCUCACCAUACACUGGCUCUAGGGUACUGGUCCUAGGAUUUGGUCUAUCUGGUCUUGAUAUUUCACUCGAAUUGUCCACAGUAGCAGAGGAGGUAUUACUCUCUCACAAGCUUCCAGUCUCAUUCCCCUCAGAAAUGCCUCCAAAUAUCCGUCAAGUUCCAGGUGUUGUCAAGGCCACACAGGAGGGAUUUGAAUUUGCGGAUGGAUCUUGGGCUCAGGCAAACUCCAUAUUAUAUUGUACUGGCUACAAAUACAACUUUCCAUUUCUAAUGGAAGAGUGUGGAAUCCAAGUCAAGGACAACUGUGUAAAGCCGUUGUACAAGCACCUCAUCAAUUCUGUUUACCCAUCGAUGGCCUUAAUUGGAAUACCAUCUCGAAUCAUUGUAUUUCCCAUCAUCAACUAUCAGGUUCAGUAUUUCAUAGCCACUCUGACAGGUAGAGUGAAACUUCCCACUCCUGAAGAAAUGUUUACAAUCAACCAUAAAAUUCACAAAGAUUGGACUGAGCAAGGUUUACAGGAGAAGCAUUUCCAUAUGCUUAAUUCUGAUCAGUGGCAGUAUAUGGACGACUUAGCAACAGAAGCUGGUCUUGUCCAUCCUCCACCUUUCCUGAAGAAGAUGUGGAAAAUAAUAAUGACUAGAUUGUUUCUCUCCUUCCCCAUGUUCAAAGGCUAUGACUACAGCCUCAACAAGGAUGGCACCAUUGUAGAGGCAAGAAAUGGUCAAAUACUCAACACAUCUUGGGACUUGGGGGUGUUAGCUGUCAAACAGUUAAUUCGCCUUGUUUGGAGAGAUUUUUCCAGGGUAAUGUGUUUAUUAGGUUCUCUUAUCAUAAAGAAGAUGAAAAAGCUACUGUAUUUAUCAUAAGUGAGAAAACACUAAAAGCAUCUACCAGUGUUAAUAUUUGGUGUGUUUUUAUCCAGUUGAGUUAAAACCUAUGAUGAACUUUGUGAAUUGAUUGCACUAGAGCAGUAUUUGAGAGGUGUCCCCACAGAUGUACGUUUGUGAGAAGGAAGUUACAACUAUUGAGAGAGCUGCCAUUUUGGCAGAAAAUUUCAGUCUUACUGUAUUCAUAAACAUAAAGUUAAUGAGAUUCUAGGCCCAGCCGUGACUCCAGCUCAAGGUAGUAAGCACCUAUUUGGUAAUGUAGGUAAUAAACUCUCCUUUGAGAAUGUUGGCGGAGGUUCUGAUGGUCAUGGUGGUAAUGGAUUUAGGGGGAUUAUGACUUCUGUGUUUUUAUUGUUGAAAGCCUGGUCACUACAUUGCCCAAUGUCAUAAGCUCAAAGCUAAAGAGCCCCAUGAAACACCUGUUGUUGAUGAGCCAUUUGCAAAAGUAAUCAUUGAUUGUGUGAGCCCUCUUCCUAAAGCUUGAGUGUGAUAAUGAAUAUUUGUUACCGGUGAUGUAUGCUUCCACUAUAUAUCCGGAAGUUAUACAUGUUUGGGCACUUGGUUUAUAUUAUAUUAUAUGUUGGUUUAUAUUACAUCUAUUGUAUGUUAUCAGAUGUACUACACAGUUUAGUUUGGGAUUCUCACCAAGUGAACUGAUAUUUGGCCGGAAUAUCCGUGGUCCCUUAGAAGUUUUGAGUAAGGUAGGAGAUGUUAACUAUAUCAUAGCCACGCCUGAACGUAUAAAGACUAAAAGACUUGUACGUGUGAAUCUGUUGAAACCCUAUUGUGUUAGACCUGAUAAGGUGGUGGGCAAUACUGUGACAUGUGAUGGAGUGGAGGAGGAUGAGUUACCUAAGCAUGACCUUGUGCAAUUGAAAACCGAAAUCAAACUGAACAAUUCUGAUGUGUCAACUGAUCCUGCUUCUAAAUUGUGCCAUCCACUGCAGGACCAGAGGAGCGAUGUAAUGUGUCUCCUACAGGAAUUCCAGUGGUGACCCAUGGUAUUGUAUUGGUGAACGAUGUAACUCCAGUGAAACAAGUACCCUACCGCAUGUCUUCCCAGAAAAUUGGCAUUCUGAAUGACGAGGUGCAGUUCUUGAUUGGCAAUAAUUUGGCUGAACCUAGUGAUAGUGAGCGGGCAUUCCCUUGUGUUCAGGUACCCUUGUCAGAGCGGGCGAGACGUAUAUCGGCAUUUCCAAUGUUUAACUCACUGGUGUUUGGCCCUCCAACCAUAUGAUAUUGAAAUUAGACAUGUGAAGGUAUAAGGAUAAAAUUAUUGCUGAUUCCUUGUCUAGGCCAUAUUAGGCAAAUCUAAUAACUGUUGUUGUCAAUGUAAAACCCUACUGGUUUUAUUUUGAGGAGGAGGGUAUUAUGCAUGGCAUAUUGUACAGAGGCGUGUUGCGCUGUGCAUAGUGAAAUAUUUUUUAAGCAUGUUACCCCUGAGUUAUGUAAAUAUAAUUUGGUAUAAUGAUGUGUGGGCAGGGCUGGUAUUUGAUACAUAAAAUAUUUUUCUGUAUGUAUGUCGGUAUUUUUGCAGCUUAAUGUGGGAGUUAAUUAAUUUUAGUUUUAGGAUUGUAGUUCCGUGGAGUAUGGAGUGAUGUCAGUCACUGACUGGCCUUGGGAGUAGGAGGAGGUCUCAGUUUGUCAGUGGUGAAUACCUUUUCAAAUCAGGUUUCAUUGAGUAUUAACUAUUCAUUGCUGCUCUAGUAUUAUUUCUGGGUGUAAAGUGCAAUCAAUGGUGAUAUUACUAAGUAGUUUAUUGUUUAUUUACUGUGCACAUAUUAGUGGUUUACUCAAGAUUAUGUUGAUUCUUUAUUCUCUUGAUUUAAUUUAAAUGUAUCUGUUCAUGAUGGAACCUACACACUUAUUAUGAUAAAAAAUUUUUUAUUAAAUUUUAUCUAAAUCAUU